CAGGGGCAGACUGACAACUCAUGGGGCCCCGGGCAAUAAGGGAUCAUGGGGCCCCUGUGUCCUUGCCCAAACUCAAAAAAGUCUAUGAAAAAGGUACCAGGGGCAUCUCAUGGGGCCCCCUACUGACCCUGGGCCCUCGGGCAGUGCCCGAGUUUCCAAAUGGCCAGUCCGCCCCUGGGUACACCAUUAACAACACUAGACCAAUCAGAGUAUGAAUCAUUAACCAAUACUCUCUGAAUACGAUCUUUUAGCCAUAAAUUUGUAAUUUAUUUUUAAUGUACAA